UACAAUAAAGUUUAUACACAAAAAAGGAAACGUACAACUUGGUGUCGCCGGAUGAUGACGCCAUUGUUAGGCUUAAUGAACGUCAUGGCAGCUCAUGCUAGCGAACUUGAGAUUGCAAAGAAAAAUUUAACUGAGGCAAUUGGCGAUAAUAUCAAGCAUUACUGGGCAAACCUGAAGUUAUGGUUCAAACAAAAGAUCAGCAAGGAGGAGUUUGACAUUGAGGCACGUCGUCUGUUGACACAGGAGAAUGUCCAUGUUCACAAUGACUUUCUCCUGGCCAUUCUCACACGCUGCCAGAUCAUCGUCUCCACACCAGAGGGCGCAGGGCCAUUACAGUGGCAAGGUAGCUUGGCUUCAAAGCCUGGAAAACCAAAAGUGAAGAAGAAAUGUUCCUCUAGACAGAAGUUUGAUCAUCGUUUCCAGCCUCAGAACCCUCUGAGCGCCGCCCAGCCUUUCAGCCCACGGGAGGUGGGAGGUGAGGAGGAGGAGCUGCGCCUCAGUGCCCACACUCUGCUGCUGCCCACGCGUGGCCAACUGGAGGCCCGUAUGAUGGUGACGGCCUUUGAGCUGGGUCUGGAUAACAUCACAGACGAGGCUGUCAGCACCAUGAUCUAUGCUGUCGAGCACCACUUGAAAGACGUCCUGACUGCUGUAAUUACCCGGAGGAAAGCAUACCGGUUACGAGAUGGUCAUUUCCCAUAUGCCUUUGGCAGCGAUGUCACACCGCAGCCUUAUCUGAAAAACAGCCUUGCUGCUUACCACAGUGUCACUGAAUGUCCCCCUCCAAGUGCUUCCCUGCCUGCAGGCCCACCACCUCAGGUGUCACCUGAUGAGGCUGAGCAGCAGGCUGUUCACUUAUUGGCUUGUUCUGCUGACAUGCUCCCCGCAUCGCUCCCUCCAAUCAGCAUGUUUGAUCUCCUGGAAGCUUUACAGGUUCACCACGGGGUGAUGCCCUCCCACACUAUGUAUGCCCUGAACAUGGAGCGCAUCCUGUCCCGGCUUUGGCACCCCAGCCACGAAGAACUAGAGCAGGACCACGUACACCGGCAGCGCCUCGCUGCGAAAGACGGCGUGCUUGUCAGCUGAGAACCACCAACACUGGACCAAACAUAAACUGUGGACAUUAUCAGGAGCCAAAUACAAGUGUGUCCAAAAUAUUCAAAUAGCUGGAAAAUCACAUCUCCUUUGCACAAAAAGAUAAAGCAUAAUUGGAGCAAGAUGAAACAAAAGCAGUUGGACAGUGGACACAGUGGGCUGUCAAAUCCAGCCAACAGCCAGUAGCUGGCAUAUUAGCACUGUCGCUGCUUUAUUUUUGUCUGUUCCACAAGCCGUUUUGGAAGUCAACCAGCCGUCAUUUGGAACUUCUGAAUAAAACUGCGAUUCUAAAAUUGUGGAAAAAUAUUGAAAAUGUUUAGGAUAUACAGCUUGAUCAGCAGCGUGACAAGGUUCUCAGCCAGGCUACACAGUGUUAAUACUUGUGUUUGUGGGCAAGAAGCAGAUUCAGGUUGCAGACAUAAAAA